CAGAGAGAGAUAUCUCGAAUAACCAACCGACUGGUUGCACCCUGUCGACGAUCGUCAGGCGAAUCGCGGGCAAAGCGAUUGGCAACUAUCUCGCGUCUUGACGAUCUCGCCUGGACGGAGGCUCUGAGUGAUAUUAGGACCAACAGGUUUUAG